AUGGUCGCGACUGCAGGCCACAAGACGUGUCGACCGGUGGCGGUGGACGUCGUGCUGCCCACGUCAACGCUCGCGCGCUCGCCGUCGCUUGACGGUGGCGUCUACCCCGCCAUCGAGCGCUUGCACCGCUCGUUUGGUUGCGAACUGAUCCAGGAAGCGGGCAUUCUUUUGCGUCUCCCGCAGGUGGUGAUGGCCACAGCGCAGACGCUGCUCCACCGUUUCUACUACCGCAAAUCGCUGCGCCAGUUUGACGCUUUCCGCGUCGCAGUGAGCUGUUUUUUUCUGGCUGCGAAGGUGGAAGAAGCGCCCAAGCGCAUCGACGACGUCGUCCGCGUCUUCUACGCGACGUUCCGACGGCGCAAGUGGAAGCGCGCGACUGUGCUCAUCGACGUGGGCUUUAGCAUCGACGAGGUCACGGCACACCCGCACAAGUACGUGCUGUAUUACGUGAAAGUGCUGGACGGCAGCCCGGAGCUCGCGCGACAGGCUUGGGGCUUCAUCAACGACAGCUUGCGACGCGAUCUCUGUGUGCGAUACAAAAUCCGAGUCACUCCCUGUGCAGCGAUCUUCUUAGCUAGUCGGUUCCAGAAAGUGGCGUUGCCGGAGGACCACCCGCCGUGGUACUCGUUGUUUGACGUGGAGAAGACACAGCUGUAUGCUGUGAGUGUGGCGAUCAUGGAGCUGUACAAGCAGGAGAAGAUCGAGUGGCUCGAACCGCUAACAGAGACGAAUCCGUAUGCUGUCGAUGAGUGUCCGGUGGUAAAAGAUGUGCCAGGUCAAGAGCAAGAGAAGGUUGAGCGCGGAGUUGACAAGGACAAGGAAACGUCAGCUGCGAAACAAGCAAGUGCAGCUGGUGGGACGAUGGGCGGACGAGUGCUCGGAGUUGCCGCAGUCGAAGCUGCCGACGCUCGAGCAGCAACUCCGACGGACGAGAGCCUGAGAUAG